CACAAAAAGCCCCCCUCUUCCAUUUCUCAACUCCCAUUUCCAAGAAAAAAAAAAAAGAUAAACCCCCCUUUGCUUUCUCCUCCUCCUUUGGUUAUUGCAAGAAAUGAAAGUGCCCUUCCCUGCAAACAACCCGAACCCGAAACCAGCAUCUGCGUACGAGCCCAAGUCCGUCCUCGAUCUCCGAGGCAGCCCUAGCCCGGUCGCGGACCAGAAGCCGGCCUCCAUACUGGAGGAUCAUGUGCUGAUCACCCCACAAUUGGACGACUGGGAUUCUUUGAUGAGAGACUUGGGAUUGCACGACGACCCGAACCCGGUCUCCAAGCCCUUCCCCCAACCCGACCCGACCCUCCCCGACUUCCCUCCCGCCAAUUCCUUCGACGAGUCCGCUCAAUUCGUCGCCUCCGAUUUCGGCCUCCUCCCGGACAUCCAGCCCUACACGCAAAACCCUAACUCGUUGGCGGAAGUCGGGUUCGACUACGUGGACGAGCUGAUCCGGCUGGCCGAGUGCUUCGAGACGAACUCGAUCCAACUCGGGCAAGUGAUACUAGCGCGGCUGAAUCAACGGCUCAGAUCGCCAUCUGGAAAGCCGUUACAGCGAGCCGCUUUCUACUUCAAGGAAGCCCUCCAAUCGCUACUCACCGGGUCGACUCAGAACUCGGAGAUCAUCCAAACCAUCAAGGCGCACAAGACCUUCUCCAGCAUAUCCCCGAUCCCGAUGUUCUCGAGCUUCACGGCCAACCAGGCCGUGCUCGACGCCGUGGACGGGUCCGCACACGUCCACGUCGUCGACUUCGACAUCGGGCUAGGAGGCCACUGGGCCUCCUUCCUCCGCGAGCUCUCUGAGAAAUCGGAGAACUCGCGCAGGCCGGCGCUGAGGAUAUCCGCGCUGGUCCCCGAGGACUACGCGGCCCAGACGCGGCUCAUCAGCGAAAACCUAACUCAAUUCGCGCGGGAAUUGAGCAUCGGAUUCGAGAUCGAUUUCGUUCCGAUUCGGACGUUCGAGUACCUUUCCUUCAAAUCGAUCAAGUUUCUGGAAGGGGAGAAGGUGGCGGUGGUCCUCUCGCCGGCGAUAUUCCGGCAGGUGGGGGCGGGGUUUUUGAGCGAUCUGCGGCGGGUGGCGCCGCAGGUGGUGGUGGUGCAGGUGGACGGAGAGGGGCAGAUGGGGUUCGGGACGGCGUCGUACAGGCAGGCGGUGAUUGAGGGGCUGGAGGUGUAUUCGACGCUGCUGGAGUCGUUGGAGGCGGCGAAUUUGAGCAACGGGGGCGGGGAGUGGAUGAGGAAGAUAGAGGAGUUUGUGGUGUAUCCGAAGAUAGUGGAGGGGGUGGAGGCGGCGGGGAGGAGGGGGGCGGCGUGGAGGGAGGCGAUGGUGGGGGCGGGGAUGAGGCAGGUGGGGCUGAGUCAGUUUGCGGAGUUUCAGGCGGAGUGUUUGCUGAGGAGAGUGCAGGUCAGAGGGUUUCAUGUGGUCAAGAGGCAGGCGGAGAUGCUGCUUUGCUGGCAUGAUAGGCCGCUUGUUGCCACGUCAGCUUGGAGGUUUUAACUUUUUAUUAAUUCAACUCAGAGAUGAACAUGAGUCUCUCUCUUUAAUCCCAACUUAAUUAGGAACUUGCCUUAUUAUAUCCUGCUUAUCAUGUACUUCCUGUUUAAGCUGGAUCACUGCAUUGCACUCUUCUCUUCAAUACUACUACUAUUUGCUCUUUUCCACUUAUCA